AUGGAUAUACUUAAAGAAAACAGCGAAGAAACAAAACAGAAGACAUGGAAGACGAAGAGGUACACAAGAUACAUCUUAGAUCCUUUCCAGAUUUUCUGUAUCGAAAAGAGAAACGAAUACAUGAAGGAUCAUCCCGAGUUAAAAAGCUCAGACGUUACUUCUAUCCUAGCAGGUGUAUGGAGAGGACUAACUGAUAUUGAGAAACAGCCUUAUAAUAUGCUAGCGAUGAAACUACAAAACAACAAAUGCAACAUUGAGCGAAAGCGUCGCAAAAUAAUACCAAAAAAUGAUAAUACAAAAGAUCAAAAGCAACAACCAACAUCAGAAAUAAGUGAGCCGGAUGUUGACUCUGAACACAACAUCUCAUUUAAAACUUCCUCACCUCCACGAAUCUACGUUGUUUCGAGAACAGGCGUUGGAGAAGAACUUUCAGAAGUUUCAUAUAAUUUACUCAAACUUCAGGAAAAAACCUACGAAUACGAUAGUGAUGAUUAA